AUGAACGUUGGUAAUGUAAGUUCACUUUAACUUGACAAAAACUUUGUUUCCAAAACUACAAUUGGCAAGAACUUUCUUUACAGACGAUAUUAUCCAUCAUUGUAUCUCUACUAGUGGCCAUUUUCUCAACGAUGGCAGCUCAAUUCCAUAAAGAGACAUUAGUAGUUGACGCCAAGAACUUCAACGCACCAUUGGGAGUGGCUUACUUUGGAGUGUUGUUCAUGUUACCUUUAUAUCCGUCAUAUCUACUGUACAGAGUUAUUGGGACUGGAGCAAAGGCUAGCGAUAUUAAUCAAGAGGCGGUACAAAUUUUGAUGAGAAAGGUAAGUCAUAUCCUGCCCUGCCCUGCCCUACCCUGCCCUGCCCUGCCCUGCCCUGCCCUGCCCUGCCCUGCCCUGCCCUGCCCUGACCUGCCCUGCCUUGCCCUGCCCUGCCCUGCCCUGCCCUGCCCUGCCCUGCUUUGCCCUGCCCUGCCCCGCACCGCACCGCCCCGCCCUGCCCCACCCCGCCCUGCCCCGCCCUGCCCCGCCCCGCCCCGCCCCGCCCCGCCCCGCCCUAGUUCUAUCCUAAAGCAUGUCUUGCUCUACUCUUUUCCGAUUGCCCAGCCCUGUUUUGCCCUGACCUACCUAAAUUUAUCCUCUACCUUGAAUUUAAAAUCUACCCGCCUAAGAAAUUCAUUUGCAGUCCUAUCCUGCUCUACCAUACCCCACCCUACUCAAAUUUUAUUUCAGGAAAAGUUCCACUCAAUCCCAAUUCUAAUGCUAGCAUUGUUAAUAUCAUUGUGCCUAUGGGUCAAUCCAACAUAUUUAUUUGGCUUUGCCAUCAAGUACAUAUCAGUUUCAGUGGCAAUGUCAGUCAUGAGUUUGAAUGCGGCAUUUGUAUUCAUUUUGAGUAUUACAUUACUUGGGGCUAAAUUCAGUUGGUUUAAGGUAAGUUCUUGCUAUUUUUUGUUUUGUAAAGAAAGUUUUUGCCAUUUUUGGUUUGUAAAGAAAGUUCUUGCCAUUUUUUGUUUUGUAAAGAAAGUUUUUACCAUUUUUGGUUUGUAAAGGAAGUUCUUGCCGUUUUUUGCUUUGUAAAGAAAGUUCUCGCCAUUUGCAGGCACUUGGAGUAGUACUAUCAGUAACAGGCGUGGUAUCCUUGUCAAUGGACAAAGAAUUUACCGGUAAUUUAUGGGGAGUUCUUAUAAUUUUGGUCGCUACAAUAUCGGUUACUAUCUAUAAUGUAAGUUUACUGUAAUUAACUCAAAAGUUAUUUUUGUACUGUAUAGUUAUUGUACUCUAGCCUAAGCUAAGUCUAAAGUAAGCCUAAAGCUAAGCCUAAGCUACACUCGAGCUAAGCUUAAGCUAAGCCUAAGCUAAGCCUAAGCUUAGCCAAGUUUAAGCCUAACCCGAAGCUUAAGCCUAAGUCUAAAUCUAAUCUAAGCUAAGCCUAAGCCAAGCCUAAGCUAAGCCUGAGCUAAGCCUAAUCUAAGCCUAAGCCUAAGUCUAAGCCUUAACCUAAGCCUAAGCCAAAGCCAAGCCUAAGCUAAGCCUAAGCUAAGCCUAAGCUAAGCCUAAGCCUAAAUCUAAAUCUAAGCUAAGCUAAGCUUAAGCCUAAGCCUAAGCCUAAGCUUAAGCUAAGCCUAAGCUUAAGCCGACGCUUAAGCUCAAGCUUAAGCCUAACCCUAAGCUAAGCUUAAGCUAAACUUAAAACUAGCUUAACGUUAAGCUUAAAACUAAGUUUAAGUGUUAGGCUAAACCUAACUAUUUGAAAUUGUAAAGUUAGAAUUGCUUUAGGUCUUGAUAAAACGAGUCUUCGGAGAGCCGUCCUUAUGCCAAGUUUUGUUCUUCCAAAGCCUAAUGGGUCUGGCCAAUGUGGUCUACCUUACCAUACCGGUCGGACUACUCGUAUGGACUGAAGUUGAACAUUUUGUGUUUAGCAAAAUACCAUGGACUCCGCUAUUGUUAUACUGCUUCAGUAUUUUAUGUAGGUUUAGGCUUAUUGACUUUGGAGAGAAAAGUACAGGUUUGUUCGUAUAACAUGUCACUCGCAGACUGCGGAAAGAAAUAGUCUGUUUUAAUACAAAACGGAAAGAACUUUCUUUACAAAUCUAAAAAUGGCAAGAACUUUCUUUACAGUUUACAAUAUUACAAAAACUUUAUUUACAGUAUACAGUGUAACAAUGAAUUUUGGUAUAUCACUGCUGAGUCCAUUGGUAAUAUCAAUUGGAGUCAUUUUGGGUGUACCCAUGAAUGGUCUAUGCGACAUUGUCAUUCGAGGUCUUCAGGCUAGCUUCUGGUUCUACAUUGGGGCGACGUUGAUUACUGUGGGCUUUUGUUUGACGACGUUGCCGAUUGACAACUGGAUUCAGAAGAAAGAAGAGAAUAUUGAUGAUGAGGUGGAGAAGGCUAGCCCUACUUUAUAA